AAGGAGAAAUAAGAGUGUGAAAGAGAAACGGAGAUGACAGCUGAGACAAAGGAACAAAAGUUGUAACUGCACUUUCUCUCCCACACACUUCUGACAGGUGAUGUGCGUUAAAGCUCUCUCUGCCUGCACGUUAGGCACUCCUGGCUUCAACUGUAUCUGCUAGAAAGGUGAUCGUUCAUGGCGUCCUUCAUCUUCCACAUCAUCAGCAGCCUCGCCGUCCUCCUAUGGUUAUCGCUCAUUAUCUGUGGAAAUACACAAGAGCCUGUUCUGGACUGUAUUCCGUCUCUCAGAGUUCCUCGGAACACAGUGUGGAAAUUUCCUGAAAAAGAGACUCUGAAGAUCAACUGUACUGUUAUCACUGAAUCACACUGUUGGAAGAACUUAUCAGUGUCAUGGUGUAAAAUUGAAGACACUGAUCACUGCAGACCUUUGAAUCAGUGCAAUUACACUGCAACAGAAUGGAGGAAUUUUACUGAGAAUGAAAGAAUGUUUUUUCUGAUUUUCUGGAGUUUAUCUCUGCAGGAUGCUGGACUUUACAGGUGUAAAUCUGAUGGACCUGUAGCCACUACAAGCCAUACUAUCAAUGUUACUGUUACAGCUUCUAAAACAUACAUUGACGUUGUCAGCAAUGAAAACAGGACAACAAACAGUUCUAUAAGUGAGCCUUCAGACAGUCCAAUGAGUGAGCUGUGGCCGUACGUCUAUAUCUGCAGUGGAAUUGCUGGGCUGGUCCUCAUAGUGCUGGUUGUGGCUCUACUCAUCAUCCAGUGCCGAGGACCGAAACAAUCCAGGAAAGAGAAAACAGCUGACAGUCAGUCGAACGCGAGCCAAAUGCCUCCUUUUACUCCACCUGUACAUGAGAACAUAAGUCAAGGCAACACCCACAGUCUUCCAGCCCAACUCAACCCACCAUCACCCUGCAUCUACGAUAAUGCUCCUAUUAGAGUGUCAUCUCAGAGAGACGGCCCUUCCAGAAGAUAUCCAGCCAAUCACAUGGCAAAGCCAGGCCAGAACCAUGACCGCUUCAACAUGGAGGUAGAGGAAGAGGAGGAUCCUCUGGUUUACGCUUCUCUGAAUCACAAGGCUUUGUCACGGGGGCAAGUUCGAAUCAGUCAUCCAGAGGAGACCUCCGAAUACUCCGCCAUUCGGCUCUCCUAACUAUUAAUGUUGCAUGGACCUUUUAGGCUGACCUGAGAACAGUUUUGUGUUUUCUUUUAUAGUGGUUAGGGUUUCGAUUCAAAUAAGAGUAGCUGGUCCUGGAUCAGAACUGUGAAUUGUGCACUUAUUCUACAAGAACUGUCAAAGACUGUUCAUCCACACACUGAGCAACUGUGAUGGAACCUCAUUGCAUAGAACAUUCAUGUGUUUUGUACAUAAAGGCAGCAAUUUUACGAC